AUGACCGACGUUGACGGUGGGAGCGGUGCAUCGUGGAAGAGAUUGCGUUUUUUUGUUUGUGCCGACACCCUUUUGACAUUCCAACCUGUGGAUUCGAGCCAUCUGGAAGGACGACCGGGUCAACCUGAGCAGCGGUACCUCCUUGUGGAUGGGGAAUAUCGACCAAUAACAUCCUACCCCACCUCGUCACUCUUCUUGGAGACCCUGAAACUGGCUGGUAGCACUGUUGUUGUGAUUGCACCGUGGAAACGAGCGAAGACUAAGAAGCUUUUGAGCUUAUUUGGGUGGACGGCCUUCGACGAAAUUCGGUCCAUUCAUCCUGAACCAGGGAGAGACAAACUACACCUUGCAUGCAUCGGGUGCAGUGCGGAUGAGUACAGUACUUCAGUGAUUGUGGCAACUUCGCGCGCUGACUGGAGCCCAUCCAUGUAUCCGCAGCUUGUGGAGGUGAAGCAUGGGGUAAAUCAGGUGCCACACUCGCUUGCACUAUUGAGAGCCCUUUCUUCCUGUUUGCGUCUGGCGGAGUGGCAAGUACGGCUUCCACACGUCCCGAUUUCUUCGUGUGCCACACUUUGCCGGUCACGCUUGUUUUCCCACUGUCGAUUUUUUCUCGAACCAGUGGUUAGCGAGGAUGCCACCGUAGCGCUAUCAAUCAAUGAGCACGGUGGUUACAUUGUGACAAGGCGUGAAGACGCAACUCACUGUGUGGUUUCGGGUUCUCUUCCCAAUUUACCCGGUGAUAUUUCGAAUCUGCCCCCAGGGGGUUGUGCCGCAAAAGCAGUGAAAGAAUGCUCAGUAUUACCUACUUCUGCAGAGGGACGUUCUGCAGAACCGAAGUCGGCUAAGGUUGAUACCGAUUCCGUGUCACUAGUGAAGAACGAAGUUGAUGAAAGCGAUGACAGCAUAAAGGACGAGUUCAGUUACAGCGCGGGUAACGCUGCGACCGCAAUGGUCGAAUGUGGAGACGAGGGGGUGUGGAACGAGGAGAAUGCGGAUGAUGAGGACCCUGUAACAAUGAUUCCUCCUGGUACCUUUUCAGAAGAUGAUGAGGAUGACGCUCCAGGCGGACUAGAGGAAGCGGAUGGAGAAACCGUAACCACGGUCACCACCCAGUGGCUGAAGGACUGCGCGGAAGGACUGUUUAUGUACCCCCCACAGGUUUCACACACCAGUAAGGAUGGUUCUGAUUGGAAUAUCACGGGGUUGCUGCUGGCUACAAUCCUUCCCACAUCCGAUGCCGAACCUCUGCUCUUGUCCAGUUUUAAUACCUUUGCUGAACGGAGCGGUUUCGAACCUCUUCAGUUGAAUUCAGCAGAUGAGGGUGGGCUGGCGGAAGUUAUGCAAAGGCAGUGGGGUGGUGUUCUCUGCAUGGAGGAAAAGGACGGCGACUUCCUCCUAUCGCAAACUAAUAUUUACACGGAGGCUUUCAGUGAUGAAAUGGAUAAGCACCUCACAUUUGUUGCGAAUCGAUUUUGUGAGGCGUGGAAAGAUGCGGUGCAACGUAGGCGGGCCCUUCUUGGCAGUGAUGCAGGCACUCAAACCACCGUCUCCAUAACUGUAACCUUUGGGACGAACACAGAGGUUGAGGUGGCUCCUUCAGUACAGCCGCCACCACCACCACCGCCAGCACCUCAACCAACCACCGCCUCUGCAGCAGCGAAUGAAGGUUCCAAGGAAUCGGCUACCCCUGCUCUUCCUUUUCUAAUGCGCGCAUUGGGCCCAGCAGAAUGGGCAAAAGAGGUAGAGGCGCCACGCAGCCCCCCACCGUCGGCAGUGCCAGAUAUUCCUUUGAAACAAGACCCAGUGCCGUCCGGAGAAGGUGUGGCGACAGCUGAGAACUCGGUAGGUAAUGAUCAAAAAGAAUCCACCAGUCGACAGGUGGCCGGUGACGCGGGUGACACCGCAAACGUUGCGGAGGCGACUGAGGAGAUCGCAGCAUUGGACCAACCCUUCGAAAAGUGCUUUAUUCCAACGGAAGCCCUCGGAAGUGAUCGGGAAGGAUUAGACCGAACUCAACUUGAGCGGCAGUUACCAUUUCGUAACUACCCCAUAAAACUGAAUGUUAGCAAGAGCGGUAUCUUCUGUCAGUUUCCCACCGUAUCUGAUGCCAAGAGAUUUUAUGAAGAGGGCACUGUGGAGAUUUUAAAUCGAUCUUUGCCCAUUAAACCGGUGUUUGAAAAACGAAACGAAACCGUGGCGCCGGCAGAGCGGAAGCGCCGUCGAAGUGUGUCACCCGGAGGAGUUCAUCCUCAAACAGCCGCUGUCUCAGCACUCAGCCGCCGUGGUAUUCAGGGAGCCACUUACGCACGCACACAAAGAAGCCGCACAGACAAUGGGUGGAAAGCAGAAGGAGACAGGAAUCCCUUUGUCCUCACGGAGGAGGAAAACUCACUCCUCACUUCACUUGGUAUUACUUACACAUACGCACUUGAAAAUGUGCCGUUACUUGAACACUAUGCCCAGAAGGAUCUUUCAAGCAAGGUUUACCGCAAGGAAAAAGGUGUCUUGGUUAAGAUGUUGGAAAAACUAAAGGCUGUAAAGGGGACCACUUCGAAAGCGCCACAAUAA